ACUGACGUAAGCUGUUGCCAACUACCAAAUUCCGCUCAUGCGUUGGCGUGCGUGCGUUGAUACGUGAAUGUGUAACCUUAGCAAUACUGUCAAUAUCACAAACACACCUCGAACGAACGAAGGACCAUGCGUUACCCGAUCUUAACGAUCAAUGAGCCGACACCGCCUGCUCUCUCUCUAUUCGAGUAGCUGUCUGUAGCCGCGCCCUGCCUGCUAGUACUGUCACCAGCCAUCAGCCAGAGGGGACACGACAGUCGUGGGAGUAAAGAGACCCUAUAGGAUAUCGUAGACGUGACUCAAAAUGGCCGGAGUCAGGACUCUCUUCGUCUUGUGUCUUUUAGCAGUUCUCCUGAUCACCGAUGUCGUCGAUUGCAAGAGCAAUUAAAUGGUCCGAUCUAGGAUGUGGGAGCAAACCUCGCCCAUCCGUGGAAAGAAUGUUGGCCUCCUGCGGGAAAGCUUCUUCCUCCUCCUCCUCCUCCUCCUCCCUACCGCUUCGAGGAACAUCUUACAGCGUCGAGUGGCCUAUCGCCGAGGACCUGGCCGUACCUCAGAUUAGCAUCUGCUUCAACGAAGAUACAGAAACCGCGCUCUAUACCCAACACAAGUUACAAGGAAGGUCCAUCGGCGCCAAGAUCGUGGCCCCAGACCGCCCCGGGUUCAAGAAGGAGAGUAUGUUCUCCGUCAGGAUUGACAACGUCUACGGCAAGGACACCCAGAAGUCGCUCUUCCUGGAACUGCUCCAGGACCGCAGUCACCUGACGGCGAAGAAGGAGCACUACCUGGCCCGGGGCCACCUGGCCCCCGACUCCGACUUCGUCUUGGAGCCGGAACAAGACGCGACGUACUUCUACGCCAACGUCGUCCCCCAGUGGCAGGCCAUCAACAAUGGGAACUGGAAGUCUCUCGAGAACAGCGUUCGCGAACUUGCCGACAACCGCGGACGGACAUUCGAGAUCUGGACAGGAAUCUACGACGUCCUCCACUUGCCCAGUGCCAGCGGCGACUCCGUCGAGCUGUUCUUGGGGCUCUCCGAGCAACAGAGACUCAUACCUGUUCCCGCUCUCAUGUGGAAGGUCGUGCACGACCCGACCAGCAAGACCGCCAUCGCAAUCGUGGUCGUGAACGACGUCAAGGGAUUCGGAGCGGGUUCGAACCCUUCGAUCGACUUGCACGAACCUCCCUGUUCCGACCUGUGUUCCCGGGUCACCUGGGUCGACUGGGACACGAGCGACCUCUCGUCCGGACUCACCUUCUGCUGCAGCGUCCCGGAGAUCCGGAAGAAGAUCCCGGUCGUCCCUAAUCUGGGAUCUGUCGGAAUCCUGUAUUCGUGAGGAGAAAGUCGACCGAGCGUCGUUUGUCGGGGGGGUGGGGGUUGUGGAUUCCAAGAUUCGAACCAUUUUCACCUCCAUUACUAUCUGCGCAGUUUCUUACUGAUAACAUACCAUAGUAGAUUCACAUCACCCGUGCCUCUGAUGUCUAGGCCAGUCCCUUACGACGCUCCUGAUUGGCUGUUGAUAAGCCAAUCACAGGGUUGGAAACUCUCCGUCUCUCGUCAGAGUCCACAUAGGCAGGAUGUAUGUUCCACCUCUCCUAAGGGAUACGUCUUUCAAAAGUAUCCCUCAGGAGAGGGAGAAACUGAAAGUUUCCAGCCCUGUGAUUGGCUUAUCAACAGCCAAUCAGGAGCGUCGUAUGGGACUGGCCUAGGCAACAGAUGCACGGGUGAUGCGAUUCUACUAUGGUGUCUCUUCUUGGAUAAACAGCAAUUACUUUUAUUAUAUUUCAUGCCAUUGUUAUUUAUCUGCUUGGUUAUUAAUAACACCAAGGCUAUCAACACUGCCUAAUAAAUCUUAAUGUGCCACUGGAGUGUAAGUUUGCCUUUGAACACUUACCAUAAAUUUACAAUACUGAUGUCAUCUUUAUCAUUGUUAGUAAGCAGUUUUACCCUAAACCCAACGCUUUUUUUAUGAGAACUAAUUUUAAAAUAAACUUCAAAUUCAGAGGUCAGACUGCACACCACCAGGAAAACAAAAUAAACAUGAAUCUCUA